AUGGGAAAGAACAAUGCUGUAGAGGAAGUGCAGAACAAGCAGGUUAUAUUGAGGGACUAUGUUACUGGCUACCCUAAAGAAUCUGACCUAUACAUAAGUACAAGCACUAUAAAACUUGAGGUUCCUCAAGGAUUACAUACGGUGUUGGUGAAGAAUCUGUACCUUUCUUGUGAUCCAGUCAUGCAUUUCCAAAUGAGAAAAACGGAAUAUCCUCUUUCUGGAUAUCACUAUUACGUCCCUGGCUCUACCAUAAAUGGGUUUGGAGUGGCUAAAGUUUUGGAUUCAGGGCAUCCUGACUUUAGUGCAGGUGACUUAGUUUGGGGAACAACUGGUUGGGAAGAAUAUAGUCUCAUUCAAAAUCCAGAAAAGCUCUUCAAAAUUCACCACACUGAUGUGCCCCUUUCCUACUACACUGGAAUUCUUGGCAUGCUUGCAAUUACUGCAUAUGCUGGUAUCUAUGAAGUUGGUUCUCUGAAGAAAGGAGAAUGUGUCUUCAUCUCAGCAGCAUCUGGUGCUGUUGGUCAGCUGGCUGGACAAUUUGCAAAAUUGCUAGGUUGUUAUGUUGUUGGAAGUGCAGGUACUCAAGAAAAGGUUGAUCUUAUAAAGAACAAGCUUGGGUUUGAUGAUGCUUUUAAUUACAAGGAAGAGCCUGAUCUGGAUGCAGCUUUGAAAAGGUACUUCCCUGAAGGCCUUGACUUCUACUUUGAGCAUGUUGGGGGUAAAAUGCUUGAUGCAGUGCUCCUAAAUAUGAAGGUCCAUGGCAGGAUGGUUAUGUGUGGAAUGAUUUCACAGUACAAUCUUUCUCAGCCUGAAACCCUAAAGAAUGUGAUGCAUAUUAUGAUCAAGAGACUAACUAUAAAAGGAUUUACUCAUCGAGAUCAUCAUCAUCUCUAUCCAAAGCUCUUGGAGACUGUGCUGCCUUACAUUAGAGAAAAGAAAGUUGUCUAUGUUGAAGACAUUGUUGAAGGACUUGAGAAUGGACCAGCAGCUCUGGUUGGACUCUUCAUCGGUCGCAACUACUUUGGAAAACAAGUAGUUGCACUUGCUCAUGAGUGA